GUGCGAACGACGACGUUUGCAGCACGUGCUUUGAACCUGUGUGUGAAAACCCUAAGCCUAAGGUGUCUCUAUGUUGGUGAAAAUGCUAGAGUCACCAGUCGAGCCCCAAAAGACCACCUCACCGUCAGAAGAAGAAGUUAAACUACCUAACCGCUUUCAAAGGUCAAUACCCGCGCAAGAUCACUCUCGGGUCGGAUCUUUCCGUGUAAGACCCGUCCGGAUCUAUCCCGGACCGAUCAAUUUCACGAGUGUUCUCCUUCAAUCGAAUAAAGUCAAGUGCUUUCAUCAAAAUUUACCCGCGAAUUGAAGAAGGAAGAGGAACCAAACCUCCAAUGGAGAGAAGUGAGUCCGUUGAUGAAGAUGUCCAAGCAUCUGCAUAUUUAGAGAACGACGAGGUUCGUGAAAGAGAUGAUCCAAUGUCAGAUACUUUACGGAUAGGAGAAGAAGCUCUAGUUUGUAGUAGUGAGCAUGAGAUUGAUGUUGGAUUUUGUCAAAACGAAGAAAGAAAGAGUGAAGAAGAAACAAUGGGAGGGUUUGAUGAACAGAGUGGUUUACUUGUUGAUGAGAGAAAAGAAUUCGAUGCACCUGCGGUUGGAAUGGAGUUUGAGUCGUAUGAUGAUGCUUAUAACUAUUAUAACUGUUAUGCUAGUGAAGUUGGGUUUCGUGUAAGAGUGAAGAAUUCGUGGUUUAAGCGGCGUAGUAAAGAGAAGUAUGGUGCGGUGCUUUGUUGUAGUAGUCAAGGUUUUAAGAGGAUUAACGAUGUGAAUCGUGUUAGAAAGGAAACUCGAACUGGUUGUCCUGCUAUGAUAAGAAUGAGACAGGUUGAUUCUAAGAGGUGGCGGGUAGUUGAAGUUACACUUGAUCAUAACCAUUUACUCGGUUGUAAGUUAUAUAAAUCGGUUAAAAGGAAGAGGAAGUGUGUAUCUAGUCCAGUCUCAGACGCUAAGACGAUUAAGCUGUACCGAGCUUGUGUGGUGGAUAAUGGGAGCAAUGUGAACCCAAACUCGACUCUUAACAAGAAGUUUCAGAAUUCUACUGGGUCACCUGAUUUGCUGAACCUUAAGAGAGGAGAUUCUGCAGCCAUUUACAACUACUUUUGCCGUAUGCAAUUGACAAAUCCAAACUUUUUUUACUUGAUGGAUGUGAAUGAUGAAGGUCAACUACGGAAUGUAUUCUGGGCAGAUGCUUUCUCUAAAGUUUCCUGCAGUUACUUUGGCGAUGUCAUCUUCAUCGACAGUUCUUAUAUAUCAGGAAAAUUCGAGAUUCCACUGGUGACAUUUACCGGAGUGAAUCACCAUGGGAAAACUACAUUGCUUAGUUGUGGUUUUCUUGCUGGAGAGACAAUGGAGUCUUACCAUUGGUUGCUUAAAGUAUGGCUCAGUGUCAUGAAGCGUUCUCCUCAAACUAUUGUCACAGACAGAUGCAAGCCUUUAGAGGCUGCCAUCUCUCAAGUGUUCCCAAGAUCUCAUCAGAGAUUCAGUCUGACACAUAUAAUGAGGAAAAUUCCAGAGAAAUUAGGGGGGCUGCAUAAUUAUGAUGCCGUGAGGAAGGCAUUUACGAAAGCAGUUUACGAAACCUUAAAAGUUGUUGAGUUUGAAGCAGCUUGGGGGUUCAUGGUUCACAAUUUUGGGGUUAUCGAGAAUGAAUGGCUCCGUUCCUUGUAUGAAGAGAGAGCUAAAUGGGCUCCGGUUUAUCUCAAAGACACUUUUUUUGCAGGAAUCGCCGCUGCUCAUCCUGGAGAAACCCUGAAACCAUUUUUCGAGAGGUAUGUUCACAAGCAAACACCAUUGAAAGAGUUUCUCGAUAAGUACGAGCUAGCUCUUCAGAAGAAGCACAGGGAAGAAACUCUCAGCGACAUAGAGUCUCAAACCUUGAACACCGCGGAGCUUAAAACAAAGUGUUCUUUCGAGACACAGCUCUCGAGAAUCUACACGAGAGACAUGUUCAAGAAAUUCCAAAUAGAGGUAGAAGAAAUGUACUCAUGUUUCAGCACAACGCAGGUCCAUGUCGAUGGACCUUUCGUGAUCUUCCUUGUGAAAGAACGGGUCCGAGGCGAAUCCAGCAGAAGAGAAAUCCGCGAUUUCGAAGUUCUGUACAACAGAUCAGUUGGCGAAGUACGUUGCAUUUGUAGCUGCUUCAACUUCUACGGAUACUUAUGCAGACAUGCUCUAUGUGUUCUCAAUUUCAACGGCGUUGAAGAAAUCCCUUUACGGUAUAUUCUACCUCGGUGGAGAAAAGACUACAAACGCCUCCACUUCGCUGAUAACGGCUUGACUGGUUUUGUCGAUGGUACGGACCGGGUUCAAUGGUUUGACCAGUUGUAUAAAAACUCUCUUCAGGUAGUUGAAGAAGGAGCGGUAUCUUUGGAUCAUUAUAAAGUCGCAAUGCAAGUUCUUCAAGAGUCUUUGGAUAAAGUUCAUAGUGUAGAAGAAAAACAAGACUAGUGUUUAUAGAAGAAUUUCUGAAACUAUAUCUGUAUGUAUAUAAAGAAAAGGAGCUUAUUUUAAUUUUUGUUUGCUGUAAAAUUUUAUAUCUUGACAUAGAGCUGUAAUAACAGAUUAAUGAAGCCAAAAAUAAUGCAAAUAGG